CCUCAUUUGGCCGAGCAAACGAAUGAAAGAGGAUAUGAACGAGGCGAUCGAUGAGAAAACGAAGCGGUCACGAGGGGAAAACACAGAGGCCAAAAAAAUCGGAGGCAAAAUCUAUUGGGCAACGAAGGAACGACGAAUGAAAGCAGACGACGAUGAGAGGGGAAAAGACACGAAGGCAGCGACUGAUCGAUCCAUCGGGAGGAGGAUCGCCGUCUCCGGGGCUCGACGAGGCCGAAGCAUCGAAGACGUGAAGAAGCAGCGAAGGUUCGAUCGGUGGGCUUCGCAAACCGAUGUGGUCUCCUGGGUUCGACGGGCCGAAGGGAAGUACGAGAUGGGGGAGGGCAGCAGCAUCGUCGCGGUAGGAAAGAGGUUGAGGGAUCAGAGGGGGCUGUCGCCUCCCGUGUUUGCUCCGGGGAAACACCCACUUCGGUGGGUUUUGCUCUCGGUAGUUGAAAGGAAAAUAUAGAGGGAAGAGGGGACAUCGAAUGGGUGAUGGAGAGUGGUUUGAUUGUGGUGAUUCUGUAGGCCAAAGGGAGGGGGGUUAGUAGACCCUUAGCAGUAAAAACACACACUUUGGUGUGUUCAUGGUAUCGAAUGAAGAAGAAGAGAGAAAAUGGCAGUAAACAACUUCAUCGAUUUCAGGAGUAGAUGAUGGAAUGGUUUCAAUGGAAGGACAGCAGAAACUUUGCGAGUGGUUUUUGUUUAGGAUGAAGCUUGGAAGUAUUCAGUGACGGGUUGUACAAUAACCGGCAUAAGUUGUAUUGUAUAAGUUUCAUUUUUGGUAUUUUGUAUUAUGUAUUUGUUUAAUUAUGUAAUGUGUGUUUAUUGAGGUAUGUUUUAAAUGGGUAUGUAUUUGUGUGUAUUUGUUUGAUUUGGUAUG